UGAAAGGCGUCAAUCUCCACUCCGGUCUCCUAUCUACUUAGUCUGGCCGGAAAAUCCUUCCGAAUCUCAUCUCGUUGACUCGGAGGUCUGGGUGUCAGAGGUCUCCAGAGGAUGGUUUCUGUGAGGCUGCUGCUGCUGUCGGCGGCCCCCCUCCUGCUCGGUGGGUGUCUGGGCACACAGGGUGGCAACGUGCUGGUCCUUCCCGGAGAGCACAGUCACUGGCUCAACAUGCGAGUGAUCCUGGAGGAGCUAGCGGAGAGGAACCAUAGUGUUACAGUGCUGGUGUUCACCGCCUCGCCUUCCAUCGACUACUCCAAACCAGAGAGGUUCGGCUUCAAGGUUUACGACGUACCCUUUGAAAAACAAGACUGGCUGGCUGUCAAUGAUGACUUCAUAAAGUGGUGGAUGUACGAGUCUCAGAACGCGUCCAUGUUGGAGGUGGGGCUGUGGAUCAGAGACCUUAUGCAGAAAAUGAAUGUUCUAACGCUCAACACGUGUAAAUCUAUGUUCAAUAACGAAGAGCUCUUGGAGUCACUGAGACAGUCCAAGUUCGACGCGCUCCUUUCUGAUCCGAUGUCCCCGUGCAGUGACUUGAUGGCGGAUGCUCUUGGUUUGCCUCUGAUUUUCUCCCUGAGGUUCUCCUUUGGCAUGGUGCUGGAGAGGCAAUGUGCACAGAUGCCUGCACCUUCCUCUUAUGUCCCUUCCCCCGAAUUGGCAUAUACAGACCAAAUGACUUUCUUUGAGCGGGUGCACAAUUUUGUCAUGUAUACUUUUCUUGAUGUCUUAACGAAUGUACACUUCCUAACGACCAUGGACCCUUUGUACAGUGAGAUUAAGGGAAGUCCGACCAGGUUCUGUGAGAUCAUGGGGAAGGCUGACAUCUGGUUGAUACGAACAUACUGGGACUUUGAGUAUCCUCGACCUUUCCUGCCAAACUUCAAAUUCGUGGGAGGCCUUCACUGCAAACCUGCAAAGCCACUUUCAGAGGCCAUGGAGGAGUUUGUGCAGAGUUCAGGCGAUGACGGCGUCGUGGUCUUUUCCCUGGGCUCCAUGGUGAAGAACCUAACUAAAGAGAGGGGAAACACCAUAGCCACUGCAUUGGGACAGAUACCACAGAAGGUGCUGUGGAGGUACAGUGGGGAGAAACCAGAGACCUUGGCUCCCAACACAAGAGUCUAUAAGUGGAUUCCACAGAAUGACUUACUAGGUCACCCAAAGACCAAAGCCUUCAUCACCCACGGUGGGACCAACGGACUGUAUGAAGCCAUCUACCAUGGAGUUCCUAUGGUGGGCAUCCCUCUGUUCGCUGACCAGCCAGUCAACAUCAUGCACAUGAAGACCAAGGGAGCGGCUGUCAUGUUGGACUUCAACAAGAUGACAUCCAAAGAUCUGGUGGAUGGCCUUAACUCUGUGAUCAAUGAUCCAUCGUACAAAGAAAACAUGAUGAGGCUUUCCAGUCUUCACCACGACCAGCCAAUGAAGCCCCUGGAUACAGCGGUGUUCUGGAUUGAGUUUGUGAUGCGCAACAAGGGGGCCAAGCACCUGAGGGUGGAGUCCCAUAACCUGAGCUGGUACCAGUACCACUGUCUGGACGUGGCAGCUGCCCUGCUCUCCGUCGUGGCACUCAUCAUUAUAGUCUCGGUUAAAACAUGUACUUUCUGCUUCAGGAAAACUAAAGCAAGACAGAAGACGGAGUGACCCCCUGGUCUGGAAUAAUGUAAUGUACUGAAACAAUCACGGGCGACAUUAUCGUAGUGGGCAUUAUCGUCAUGGGGGCGACGUUAUCAUAGCGCAAAAGGGUCUUUAUAAACUAGGGUGUCAGUGAGGAUUUCCUAAACUGAACAUCUUGUUACAGCUGUAAAAGUCAUCGAUAAUAAUCUGCCCAUUUUUUUCAUGUCAUUACAUUAAGAUAUAAGGAGGGAUCAUAACUUAUAUUCAAUAAAAUUCACGAGGUGAUUUAAAACCUAAGUUUAACCCUU